ACAGCACCAACAACCUCGACCAAGACCAACAACAACAACAGCAACAACAGCAGCAGCAACAUCAGCAACAACAACAACAACAACAAAAAUGGAAACCAGCAAUAAUAGCAAGAAACGAGGACCAUCAUCAACAACCAUAGCCACUCAACCUGCCAACUUAUCAUCACCCAAACGGAGCAGAGUCAGUUCGCCAUCAUCAGAUCAACAACAACAAGCUAAACAUGAACGAGCCACCAAGACCCUCCCAAGCCAACAACCAGUGCUAGUGGCAGAUGAAUUUCAAACGGAAGCAGCCAGGCAGAUCGAUGCAAGCAAUGGACUCCUACCAGAACAGCCUGGCACAGGAGAAGAGAAACCACAACAACUAACACUCUCCCAUCAAGUUCGGCACCAAGUGGCCCUACCACCCAAUUACAACUACAUCCCCAUCUCGGCCCAUCGAGCUCCAAGCAAACCGGCUAGGACGUAUCCCUUCACGCUCGAUCCCUUCCAACAGGUCUCGAUCACCUCAAUCCAACGCAACGAGAGCGUACUCGUCUCAGCUCAUACUAGUGCUGGUAAGACCGUCGUAGCCGAAUAUGCUAUUGCCCAAUGUCUCGAAAACAAACAGAGGGUCAUCUACACCUCUCCUAUCAAGGCUCUUAGUAAUCAAAAGUAUCGUGAAUUGAUGGCCGAGUUUGGGGAUGUCGGCUUGAUGACUGGGGAUGUGACCAUCAAUCCAAGUGCAUCAUGUCUAGUCAUGACAACUGAGAUUUUACGGUCUAUGUUGUAUCGUGGCUCAGAAGUAAUGAGAGAAGUGGCUUGGGUGAUCUUUGAUGAAAUUCAUUAUAUGCGCGACAAAGAAAGAGGAGUAGUUUGGGAGGAGACUAUCAUUCUUUUACCCCAUUCGGUUCGAUAUGUAUUCCUAUCAGCCACAAUACCUAACGCGAUGCAAUUUGCCGAAUGGAUUUGUCAUACCCACGAUCAACCCUGUCACGUAGUUUACACCAACUUCAGACCAACCCCAUUACAGCACUAUUUAUUCCCAUCUGGAGGCGACGGAAUCCAUUUGGUCGUCGACGAGAAGGGCGUCUUUCGCGAGGAUAACUUCUUAAAAGCGAUGGGCUCCUUGAACGAUUCGAGAGGUGAAGAUCCUGCGAGCUCGAUGUCUGGUCGAAACAAGCAGGGCAAGACCAAGAAAGGCGGCAACUCGACCAAAGGCCCUUCAGAUAUCUACAAGAUCAUCAAGAUGAUCAUGGUCAAGAAUUACAAUCCAGUCAUCGUCUUCGCAUUCUCCAAGAGAGAGUGCGAGGCUUUAGCGAUUCAAAUGUCCAAGCUAGAAUUCAACUCAGAAGAAGAAAAAGAGACAGUCGACACGGUCUUCAAGAACGCGAUCUCUAACUUGUCUGAAGACGAUCAAGCCUUACCACAGAUCGAGCAUAUCUUACCACUUCUGAAACGAGGGAUUGGGAUCCAUCAUGGUGGUCUACUGCCGAUCCUCAAGGAGGUCAUCGAGAUCCUGUUCCAAGAAGGGCUGAUCAAAGUCUUAUUCGCUACCGAAACCUUCUCGAUCGGCUUGAACAUGCCAGCCAAAACUGUCGUCUUCACCACCGUCCGAAAGUUCGACGGGAAAGACUUCAGGAGUUUGAGCUCGGGUGAAUACAUUCAAAUGUCUGGACGAGCUGGUCGUCGAGGACUGGAUGACCGAGGGAUCGUCAUCAUGAUGUGUGAUGAACAACUUGAACCCGCUACUGCUAAAAAUAUGGUAAAGGGUGACGCCGAUCGUUUGGAUUCUGCUUUCCACUUGGGAUACAAUAUGAUUCUCAAUCUGAUGAGAGUUGAGGGCGUCAGUCCUGAAUACAUGCUGGAAAAAUGUUUCUUUCAAUUUCAAACACAUGCCAACUUGCCGCUGUUAGAAAACGAGCUCCGGGAGCUCCAAAGGAUGCGAUCGAAGAUCGUUGUUCCAGAUGAAGAAUCAAUUGCGGAUUAUGCCAAGCUACAAGAAGAACUAGAAAUCCGAAAUCAAGAUUUUAGGGAUGUGAUUAACCAUCCGACCCAUGCGCUUCCUUUCCUGCAACCAGGAAGAUUAGUUAAGGUGAAGUUUGGAACGAUGGAUUUUGGAUGGGGAUGUGUGGUGAAUUUCCAACGAAGAUUAGGGGAUCGAGGAAAAUCACUUGGGCCUGAGACAAAACCACAGGACAGCUUCAUUGUCGACGUCCUAUUGAAGAUCUCAGCCGGGAAGUCGGGUCCGAAGCAGCCUCCCUCGAAGAUGAUUGGUGGUAACCAAACAAGUCUCGUCAAACCCUGUGAGCCAGGAGAAGAGGGUGAAUGCGCGGUCGUUCCGGUCCUCUUAUCCACUCUGGAUGGGAUCUCGAAGAUCCGAAUCUUCCUGGCCCAAGAUCUGAAACCAAUGGAUGCUAGGAAAGGCGCUCUGGACGCAGUUGCAGAAGUCAAGCGAAGGUUCCCCAACGGUAUCGGAUUGCUCGACCCGGUCGAAAACAUGGGGAUCGUCGAUGAGACGUUCAAGAAACUGAUCAGCCGGAUAGAGAACCUGAAGGAGUCGAUUAAGGAUCACAAAGUGAUCACCCAAGAAGAUUUCCACGACCAGUAUAAACUUUACCAAGAAAAGCAACAAGUAUAUCAACUGAUCAAACAGAUCAAACAGAAGAUUUCGAAUGCGGAAAAUGUGAUUUACAUCGAAGACUUGAAGAAGCGCAAGACGGUACUGAGGAGUCUAGGAUUUUGUAACGUUGAUGACAUCGUGCAAGUCAAGGGAAGGGUCGCAUGUGAAAUUUCUUCCGGAGAUGAGCUCCUGUUGACCGAGUUGAUAUUUAAUGGCGCGUUCAACGAUCUUUCUCCCGAACAAUGUGCAGCCUUACUAAGUUGUUUCGUGUUUACUGAGAAGAGUGAACAAAUAACAAGACUGAAGAAUGAGCUUGAGGAGCCUAUGAAGAAGAUGAAAGAGGCUGCCAAGAAAAUCGCCGAGGAGAUCAAAUCAGCCGGUAUAGAUAUCAAAGAGGAAGAAUAUAUCGAUUCCUUCAAGACCGAAUUGAUGGAUGUCGUCUUCCAUUGGUGUAAAGGCUCGACAUUUUCGGAGAUCUGUAAAAUGACCGACAUAUUCGAAGGAUCGUUGAUCAGAUGCUUCCGGAGAUUGCAGGAACUGAUCCGACAAAUGUCGUGUGCAGCCAAGUCGAUAGGAAAUGAAGAGUUGGAGACCAAGUUCACCCAGUCCCUAGAUUGCUUGGAACGGCCCUCCAGUGUCGUCUACAAUCCUUCUUUGUAUCUCUAAGUACAUUCGAACUCUUUCUAUCUCUUUUAUUCAUAUAUCAUCAACCGUUAAAUCCUUCUCCCCCAAAACAAGGAAGUUUCGCUUUCUCAUUGUGUGUGUUUAUUUUCGCUCUACUUUUCUCUUAUUUUUAUGUGUGUUUUAUCGUUUUGAUCACAAUUUCGUAAAAGGUGACGACAACUAAAAUAGAUGCAUAACUUAAAGUAUAUAUAUAUACAUAUAUAUCACAAGAGGUCCGACGAGUAUAUUCGAGUUUCGUUCUUGAGUUGCAGAUGUGCGUGGUCAAGAUGAAAGACGA